AUUGUCAAACUCAUCGUCGAGUAGAUCGACGGCCCCAGCGCGCUCGCCCUCCGACCUGAUCUGUUUGAUGGUCUCCUUGAACUCGAUGCGCCUCUUCCGGGUGCGUUUCUGUAUGAAUACGACACCGAGGGAAAGGAAGGCGUGGUCGACAGCAGAGGUGGUGACGCCAGCGAUGAGAGCGGUGCGGUUUAUGUUUCCGGAGCCAGAGUUUCAGUCAGAGGUGGCGAGAGCUGUAGGUAUGUUGGUAGUACAAAUGGUGAGCUGGCCUGAUAUGGAGGUCCAUGGUCGUAGUGAGAGAUAUCGUGCUCGAGUCAGAGGUCGUGGUUGUGUCUGUGUGGAAGGUGGUGGGCGCAGUCGAAGAUGUUGUUGUGGGUGAGAGAGACAUCAUCGAGGGAACGGUAGAAGUCGUGGAUCAUGCGGAUGGCAUCGCAGACGUUAUGGAGAAUGUCGAGCUCAACGUGGACGUUGUAAUAGCGGAGGAGCUGCUGCUAGUGGUUGUUCUGUAAAAAGAUCAGCGCCAAACUCGAUGAGAAGACGCCG